AUGACAGCUAUGAUUGACAACUUUUUAAGAUAUCAGAAUGAGGAAACUAAGAGGGCAAUCAUACGGCUGGAGCAGGGUGCUCAUUCUUAUAUGCAAAGAGCCAUUGCAUCUCAUGGAGCAUUUGCCGUUUUGUAUGGUCGCCAUUCAAAGCAUUAUAUUAAAAAACCUGAGGUUUUACUUGGUAGAGCAACUGAAGACAUCAUUGUCGACAUUGACUUGGGAAGGGAAGGGCGUGCUAAUAAAAUAUCUCGACGGCAGGCUAUUAUAGAGAUGGACAAACGUGGAUCGUUCUGUCUGAAAAAUCUUGGCAAGUGUUCAAUUUCAGUGAACAACAAGGAAGUAGGCCCUGGUCAGAGUCUAAGCCUUAUUUCUAGCUGUUUGAUUGAGAUACGAGGAAUGCCAUUCGUAUUUGAGACGAGCCAAACUUGUGUGAAGCAGUAUUUGGAUAACAUCACCAAGAACAACCAAUUGUAGAAGCACCUAAUGUGAAUUGUAGCUGAGGUGCUGUGACCAAAAAUCGCAUCAGAAGGUGCUCAUUUUUGCCGCGCUUUCUGGGUUCUUUGGGGAAGCUAUAUCAAGUCUGUUGUAUGUAACUAAUUACUGUGAAGUGAACUGUCUUGUUUUUAUUUUUAGGUUACAAAGCACUUUCAAAAUGUUUUUAAUCUGUAUGUAACACCCCCCAAAAACAAACAAAAACAAAAAAUCAUAGGGUAUAUUGGUAAUUAUUGCUUCAUCCACAAUAUAUUUUUGGCGAAAAUAUACUUUUUGGUCU